AUGGUUGUUGUUCGUCAUCCAAGCCGAGUAUCUACAGCAAGUGUCAUGACACUUGCGGACACAUCGAGUGUGAUCUCACUCGACUCGGACUCGGAUAUCAGUCCUCCCCCUUCCCCCCCGCCUACGCCUCCUCCUCCUCCUCCUCCUGCCGCUCAUGGUACCCCAACCGUGGUACGAACCCGUACGAAAACCACAACAACCACCACGACACCCACACGCACCCGAACCACACGGACAUCCAAGGAGAGUGUGACAUGGUACAACGCCCACCCGCCCACACCCUCGACGCCCACAAAGGGAAUGCUGAACACCACAACCCCAACACCAUCGCCUGUCAAAACGCCCUCGCGCGCCCACAAGCACGAGCAGCAUGCAUCGCCUCGGCAAACGCCCUUCGUGAACAAGGGCAAGGCCAGUGUUGGGCGCAUCCCCCACCCCAAUGACCUCAAACCGCCCCCGCCUGGCCAUCCCGUCAAGAAGUACUAUAUAGUAUUUAGCGGGCAGGAGGUCGGCCUGUUCUACACAUGGGCGGAUGCCAAGGCCCGUUUGAAGAACGUUAAAGAUCCCUCCUGCGAGUCGUACAAGACGUUUGCUGAGGCCGUCUUUCAGUAUCGCACCCAUUGGGAGGACGGCCUUCUUGAGGCCUGUCCCCAGCCGGGUGGGCCGUUUUGGCCGCGUAGCCCAUCUCCGGUAGCCUCUGUGUCGUCGGCUGACCCUUAUUGGCUUGGUACCAAUGAUAUAACCCACCAGCUUAGGUUCCUUGCGAUGCAAGAUUCCGACGGCGCUGGUCCGAGCCGUCCCCAUUAG